AUGAAUGCCUUCACCUCUGACUCCCCAGCCACAAAGAGGCCUUUCACACCUCAGGAGAAGCAUCGGCAGCUCUCUGGAGAAUCAUCUUCUGCAUUCAGUCUACAUGCCCAACAUUUUGAAGCUCCUGACUCCAGGCCAGGCUCUGGAACUCGUCUCAGCCCACUGGAACAUAAACCCAGCCUGUCUGUGUCCCUGGAUGAGGAUGGCGGUGUUGAGGAUGCAACUCUUCCUAAACCCCCAGAUGAACGAGGAGGGAAUAAAAGGAUAGGAUCAGGAGGUUCAAGAGCCAGACUGCUUAGAGCAGCAUCCCCAAACAGACUACCACCCAUGACACCAAACUCAAAGACUAAGCUGUGGAUCGGAGCAUACCAACCAGGUGACACAGAAAAGCUGCGCUGUGCUGAUGUUGUGGAGCUAGUAACAAAAUCAUCCUCCGAAACAGACCUGCACAUACUUAUCCAACACAGGUUUUUUUUUUUUUUGAGAACAAACAUCUCUUUUGCUGUCUUCUAUGGGCACUUGAAUGUUAAUUGUUCUUUUAAUGUACUUGUACAUCUUGGGAGAGCUGACAUUCUUAGAUCACUCUUCAGGCUUAUAGAUGUGGGAUCGGACCGACUUAACCUAACAUUAGCCAAACUUAUUCUGGCACUCAGUCUGAGUGGAAACAACUUGCUGAACAUCUGCAAACUUGUCUUCAAAAUCAGCCGGAAAGCUACUAACAACACCCUGUUCCUAAACGGCUGCAUCCUUGACUCCCUACUAUCUCUGCUCCAUUGUGAGGAUGUGUGGAGUAAAGGUGAAGCUGUGCUGUACUGUGUCGGCUCACUGAAGCUCGUCUCAGGGAACACUGCCCUCUCCAGACUGCUGCUGUCUAAAGGCUUUAUCGGCGUACUGCUGCAGCUGUCAAAAAGACUGAUGCAUGGUCCAUCUACUUCAGCAAAUGUAACUUCUUACAAGUCAGAGGGAGAAGGUCAGCAAAUCAUCGCAGGACACAUACUGGUACAGGUCACAGCAGCUUUGAGAAAUAUAGCUGACCAGUCUGAGUCUCUGCCUUCUUUCCUGUCCAACAAGGCAUUCUUUACUCUUUGCUUGAUUCUGGAGAACCACCGCAAUGACACUGACAUCUGCAUUAAUGUGCCCAGAACAUUCAGCAAGCUGUCCACCUACACUGAAUGCUGUCAUGCACUAGCUGAGACACCAAGCUGCUGCAGCCUAUUUUUGGACCUGCUAGGCAAAUACAGCAGGAAACAGGAUCUGGUAGUGCGUCUCCUCUUCACACUUGGAAAUCUGACAGCCAAGAGCACUGAAUUCAUAGAGAGACUCUAUAAAGAGGAAGGUGGGAUAGAUGUCCUCUUGGAUCUUUUCCAGGUCUACCAGGAAACACCAUCGCCUCCUGAGAGAGAGGACGUCCUGGUCAAACUGAUCAGACUGCUGGCCAACCUAGCCAUCCAUCCCACCGUGGGCACGGCCCUAGCUGCCAACACGCUGCUACUGGAAGUGCUGGGUACAAAGCAUAACCAUGAAAUAUACACACAUUCCUCUAAGUGGUUAAUUAGUUUAUAGUUCAUUCAACAAAAAUUCCAUGUUUACAGAAAACCCACUGGCAAUGUACUUUACAAAUACUCAUGCAUUUCAAUGUGGUUGUCACUCUCAAAGCAUUGUGUACGUGACCAAUGCUUGGCAAAAGAGAUGUGACUUUAAACACACAGCAACACAGAUGUGUCAGGCUAAGUUUACUUCCUUGAACUUGAAUGAAUGUGCAAAGUUGGUGCAAUCACAUGCUGUUCUCUCCACGUCGAUUACUGGCACAGGCCCUCAAGUUACUGCAUCCUCUCCAAUGACGAGAACAGCCAGACUGCAAACUUCAUGUUUUUAUAAUGCUUAGCUCUAUUUUUGUGCAGCCUGGGGUUUUCAGAGAUGUUGCACAGUGGUUUCAUGGUGAUGGAUGGAAGCUCGGUUUUGGUUCUGCAUGUAAACGUUUCAGAAGCAGGCAUGUUAGGGUGAAGAGAUGGUUAUGCAUUUCCUUUUUGAAAUAGAGAAAGAGAUUUGUGUCCUGUGGAAAUAUGUCAGUUUUAGAAAGUGAGAAAUGAUAUUAAAACUAACUGCUAGAUUCUUGCAGUUAGAAAUGACAGUUAGAGGAUGCUGUUGUUUUUGUGUGUUGAGAUGUGGACAGUUAGAGAGGAAAUGGGUGGGAGAUUUAUUGUUUCUCGCUUAUCUACCUUAUGUCUGGUACAUUAGAAUGACAUCCUGUUAUGAUGAAAAUAUAAAUCGAGAAGGAAAAAGAAACUGAGAAAUCAAGGGUAACAAUGACAGAGCAUUUGCCACAACAAAAGGUGUUUCGAAAUGAACACACGCUUUGCAGUGUGACGCACAAACACUGACAGAGCAAACCGCACUUUGAAUGGGAAAUACAGGAUCUUACUACAGUCACACGCACUGGCAGAUUCUGACUACCUCAAUUUCGGAUUUAUCGUUAAGUACUCACACCGAAAUUCACACGAAUGGUUUUGAAACUUCUCAAAGAGGAAGUGACACCUGAUCAGCGAUCUGAUCUUCUGUACCAAGAAGCUGGGUAGAUUGCUUACACAUUGUAGUCCGUUGCUGAUUCCAAAUUACAUGACAGAAUUUGUAGUUUGUAACGUAAUUCAUACAUUACACAUUUUAGUACUCAUUUAUCAUGUUAAUUUAAAUAGGAUAUUCUUCGAUAUUUAGACAUAUUUGUUUACCUGCAUAUCAUUUAACCACUAACCAAUGUAAGAGAACUGUGAACGCUUUUAAUAGAGUCACUUUAAGUGAGUGCUAGAUGAUGGCAAAUGUGGUCUAAAUUAAAAAUCAAGGAAAUAAACAUGCGUUAUAUCAAUAAACAUAACGAAUUACACAUAUUUAUAAUGCAUCCCUAUUCUGUAUGUUUUCUCUAAGUUUUCUGUGUCUUCUGCCCUUCUGUCUCAGAGUGCAGGUGUGUACAGGAAAGUGAAGAAUUAGUGGUUAAUGCUGUGGCCACAAUCAACAACCUGUCUUUCUACCAAGGCAUGAGCUCAGUGGUCCGUGCCCAGCACACACACAUCUCACGGUGUAAAACGUGUGUGUGAACGCAGCCUGUAUGUUGCAUCUAAAGUAUGUUGCUGUAUGUUGCAUCUUUAGUGCUACUAAAGCUCUUGCUGAGCUCCAGUAUGGAUGCUGUUUUGGAGGCCACACGUGUGUUUGGAAAUCUGUCGCAGAUGUGAGGCACUUCAUCAUGCAGCAAAAAGGUGUGAGACACUCUCUCUUUAAUUUUUCGUUGUGUUGGUCUUUUGUGUCUCAGUGGAGCAGUAUGUGGUAACCCUCCUGGAUGUGUAUUUCUAUGCAUGUGGAGUUCUCAUCAACCUAUCUGCAGAUCCAGACAUCAGGGCCAUGCUGAGGGCCGAGGGAACUGUUCAGAAGCUUAUUGACUGUCUGCGUGACUUGGGGCCUCAGGACUGGCGUCUGGCUGCUGUGGUGUGUCAGACUCUGUGGAACUGCUCUUUAGAUGGAGAGCUGCAACACGCUGGAGAGCUGUUGGAGAUCUUGUGGCUCUACACAGGUAUACAUAAACACACAAGAUACAGCACUGGCAGUUUAAUAUGCUAAUUUGGUACAAUUAAUAAAAAAAUAAAAUAAAAGUGAUAACAGUUAUUGCUUGCAACAGUCAAAGAUAUUCAAAUAUUCAA